GGCAGGGAGCCGAGGGUGUGUGCCUCUAAGCUGGGUAUUCUGGCAAGGUGGAGAGCUGGUCUGUUUGGCAGGACCUUCCCAUCUGGGAUCCAUCUGUGUUUCCCUGGAAUCGGACAGGCGGCUCCAGGCAGUGAGAAAUCGCAGAUGUGCAGGACCUGACACAUGUCCAGCUAAUGAAAGGAGAAGGCAGGCUGGGCUCCGGCUGUGCUCGAAGAUCACGAGCGGAGGAGGAGGAAGAGCGCUUUUAUUUAUAUUUCAAAGAAACUAGGUGUAUUCAACAGCAGCUGGAUCGUUGCAACCUUGCUGUUUAGGUUGCUGGUGAGAAGAGGGUGCCAGUGAUGCCCGGAUCGCCCGUGGAAGUGAAGAUACAGUCCAGGUCCUCUCCUCCCAACAUGCCACCGCUGCCCCCUGUGAACCCUGGCGGACCCCGGCCCGUGUCCUUCACCCCGACUGCACUGCCCAACGGAAUAAACCAUUCCCCCCCGACACUGAACGGGGCACCAUCCCCACCCCAGAGAUUUAGCAACGGUCCUUCCUCCUCCUCCUCCUCCUCACUGACGAACCAGCAGCUUCCAGCCACAUGUGGCGCCCGGCAGCUCAGCAAGCUGAAGCGCUUCCUCACUACUCUGCAGCAGUUCGGCAACGACAUUUCACCAGAGAUUGGGGAGAAGGUCCGGACCCUCGUCCUGGCACUAGUGAACUCAACGGUGACAAUCGAGGAAUUUCACUGCAAGCUGCAAGAGGCAACGAACUUCCCCCUCCGGCCAUUUGUGAUCCCCUUUCUGAAGGCCAACCUCCCGCUGCUGCAGAGAGAGCUGCUGCACUGCGCCCGGGCUGCCAAGCAGACGCCCUCCCAGUACCUGGCACAGCACGAGCACAUCCUGCUGAACACAAACACCACAUCCCCCGCUGACUCCUCCGAGCUCCUGAUCGAGGUGAACGGGAAUGGGAAGAGGCACAGUCCAGACAGAAGGGAAGACAACAGCUUUGAGAGGGAGCCGCUGCCGACAGAGCCUCCGGCCAAGAGGGUGUGCACCAUCAGCCCCGCGCCCCGACACAGCCCUGCCCUGACAAUCCCCCUGAUGAACCCCGGGGGGCAGUUCCACCCCACCCCGCCGCCCCUUCAGCACUACACCUUGGAAGAUAUUGCGACCUCCCACCUCUACAGGGACCCUAGCAAGAUGUUGGAGCACAGAGAGAUUCGGGACAGGCACAGUGGUCUUGGUUUGAACGGGGGAUACCAGGAUGAGCUGGUGGACCACCGCCUCACAGAGAGAGAGUGGGCUGACGAGUGGAAACAUCUCGAUCACGCCCUGAACUGCAUCAUGGAGAUGGUGGAGAAGACCCGGCGCUCGAUGGCUGUGCUGCGGCGCUGCCAGGAGGCCGAUCGGGAAGAGCUCAACUACUGGAAGAGGCGGUGCAGCGAGACGGCCGAGCCGCGGAAGGCGGGCAGCGAGCUCGUCUCCAGGCAGCACAGCCCCAGCAGCUCCGACUCCAUCGGCAGCGAUUCAUUGCGGGAGUUCAGCGGCAGGUCGGGCACAGGCUACGUCACCGAAGAGAUAUGGAAAAAAGCUGAAGAAGCCGUGAAUGAGGUGAAGCGCCAGGCCAUGUCGGAGGUGCAGAAAGCGGUGGCAGAGGCCGAGCAGAAGGCUUUUGAGAUGAUUGCCUCUGAGAGAGCUCGGAUGGAGCAGACCAUCGCAGACGCCAAGCGCCAGGCCACCGAGGAUGCUUUCUUGGUGAUAAACGAGCAGGAAGAGUCCACAGAGAGUUGCUGGAACUGUGGUCGCAAAGCCAGUGAGACGUGCAGUGGCUGCAACAUCGCCCGGUACUGUGGCUCCUUCUGCCAGCACAAGGACUGGGAGAGGCACCACCGAAUCUGCGGCCAGGGCCUGCACGGUCAGAGCAAGCCACUGGCUCUGCCCACGGGCCGGUCAGCGGCAGCUGCCGCCAAGAGCCUGGACGGCGUGCCCAGCCCGGCCCUCGAGAAGACCUCGGCAACCACCUCCCGGUCCUCCACCCCAGCAUCCGUGACAGCAAUAGAUACGAACGGACUCUAAAGGGGGAGUUUUGGUUCAUUCCAUUUGAUCAGUUUCCCUGGGUUUUUUUAAAGCUGAAAAAAAAACCCCACAGCAACUUGUAUCACUUGA